CAGCACUACUAUGGAGAACCAUGGCGGUGCAACAAAUGACAUGGUUGUGGAUCUAAAUUACAGGCAACACAAAAACUGGCGCUCUUAAACAUUGAAAUAUCCGUGAAGAUGAUCGCGGGGAUUUGAUACCAUGUAUCGGAGUGACUCAGAAAGGCUCAUGGCAUUGUCCGAUUAAGGACAAAAGACCACGGACUUGAAAAUACAGUUUUAAAAUCACACUUGUCCUUUUAGAUAGUCAGUGGAAAAUGAUCAAAGCUGAGACUAAGGGAGAAAGCACCCUGCGGAGCGCGUCCCCGCACAGAAAUGCAUACAAGUCGGACUUCCACGCCAUUAAAUGCUCCUUUGAUGGCACCAAAUCCGACAGAGCGGCCAAAUCUUAUGCUAAUGGCUCCAGUGACCCCCGGGAGGACACUAGAGGGAGGCCGUUUGUUAACCGGAUAAACAAAAUCAAGAAUAUCUUCCUGCAAAUGGAUGGUCAACAGCAGCAGCAGGAGAACCAAGAGGUGAAACCAGCUCACAAAACGGAUGCAUCUCCUGUGUCCCCAGUGGCCAAGUUCCCACUUAUUGCCAACAAAACCUGUCUCAGCAGUGUCGACAACCAAGAACUGCAAAACACGGACAGAACUCCAAAGGGAGAGGAAGCUGAGAUAGAUAAAGCUGCCCUGGCGGAGAAAUUCUCAGUGACCAGAAAGCUCUUUGAGAAAGGGAUAAAUGAGCAGCCCUCUGGAGAGAGGCCGCUACCCGGCAGAGUUUCUGUGCGUCUGUCCCAGGGAAAGGCGUCUGAGGAGGGGCGUGUAGACCGGAGGUCCUUUGGAUCUUCUGAAAAUAGCAGUAGCAGUGCCAUCAAAAGCCCAACUGCACUUGAGGGGAAGGACGAUGAAGAUUUAAAGCAGGUCAGUAAACCAUCACUUAACGCAGCACCCAUUUCCAGGGGUUCGGAGAACUUUACUGUGGACCGCGACAAUAAGGAAUCAGUUCGAACCUCAGAUAAAAGUCUGGAAAGUUCACUACCAUCACCUCGACAAGGAGGUUCUCAAAAACCCACUUCCCCUGGUAUGGAUCCCACCCACAAACCCACGUCCCCAAAUUCUGAUGCUUCACCCAAACCAAUAUCACCUAAAACAGACUCCGUAUUUGGUAGCCCUCCAUUCAAGUCCACCAGCCCAGUUUCUCCAACCAUCAGGGGCACCAGUGAGACUCUGUCGUCAAAUGCCCAUAGCCCAUUUAAAUGCUCUCCAACCCAACAGAGCAGUCCUCAACUGAGGGACCUCAAACCUUCGGUCCCAUGUAGCAAUGUUUAUGAAAAGAUCAGGAGUCCAGAGGAACCAAAAAGUGAGAAACACAUAAUUCGGAGCCCUACUAGAGACAUGCCUCAUGAGCAAGCCCAACCAUGCAUGGAUCCUGCUGGGGCAGGAGUGGUCCGAGCCGAGCUUGUGGUGGUCCAGAACGAGUCUUCGGAGAGUGAGGAGAAUGACGAAGAGUUUUUGGAGGAUGUUGUGAUGGAGGUAAACCUAAAAAGGGAACUUAAAUCUGAGGUGUCGAUAGGAGGCGUGGCUGACUCUCUGAUGGUGACAUCACCUCAAAACUAUAUGGAGGAAGAUACAGAGGUGUGUUUGGCAGCAGAGCUGAAGAAAGAUGAAACAAAUGAUGAAGAGGAGGAGAUUGUCCAGCAGAGAGAGAAUGACUGUCAUGAAGAUGAUGAAGAGAGCGAGCAGGAAGAUCCAGAUGAAUGUGGUAGAACAUCACCUGUGUUUUAUAGUUUUGAGAAUGCUGCAUUUGUGGAUGAUAAGGAAGUGGAAAUGGUUCAAAGCCAAGAGCAGGAUGAAUAUGAGGAGGAUAACUAUGAGGUCUACGAGCAGUAUGAUGAAGCUCCUGGUCUUUCUGAGGAUGAGGAACUGUCUCCACAGAAGAAGAUCAGAUUCUCCACUGAACCCAUCCGGGUGUACAGCACAUUCUCAAAUGAAGAGUACGACCGAAGGAAUGAUGAGGUGGAUCCGGUUGCUGCAUCCGCAGAGUAUGAGCUGGAGAAACGGGUGGAAAAGAUGGACGUGUUUCCUGUGGAGAUAGAGAAAAGUGAUAAAGGGUUGGGCAUCAGUAUUAUAGGGAUGGGUGUCGGGGCAGAUCAGGGUCUGGAGAAACUGGGCAUUUUCGUCAAGACCAUCACAGAGGACGGAGCUGCAGAGAAAGAUGGCAGGAUCCAUGUGAAUGAUCAGAUUGUGGAGGUGGACAGCAUCAGUCUGGUUGGAGUCACUCAAAUCUUUGCUGCGACGGUCCUCAAGAACACAAAGGGAACAGUCAGGUUCCUGAUUGGCCGAGAGAAGCCGGGGACUCAAAGUGAGGUGGCGCGGUUGAUCAGUGAGACUCUAGAGCAGGAGCGACAGCAGCAAGAACAGGAGGAUGACACAUAUGAGCAGUCCACUGAAGAGGACGAGCAGUAUGAGGAUGAGGAGGAAGGUGGUGAGGAGGGUAUCCUGGGUUCGGGUUUUGGCAGGAGGAAUGUGGAAGUGUACGAUGUGCCUGAAAGUGAAGAAAUGUUCCUGCCGUCAAACAUGGACAUCACUCAUCUAACGUUCAGAUUUAAAGAGCUCCAGCUGAAAAACAGCAUUGCAGAAGCUGAAGUUGAUGAAUUGAAAGAGAGGUUGAGGGAGUCAUCAGAGGAGCGUGUGGCGUGGGAGGCGAGGGAAACUCAGUUAGAGCGGAGCGUUCAGGAGAACUCAGAAAGAAUCGCUCUGAUGGAGAAGAACUGGCUGGAAGCUCAGGCUCUCUGUAAAAGCAUAAACGAACAAUUGAAUGACACAAAGAGUCAAUAUGAAGCGCUGGACAAAAAAUACUGCAAAGCCAAGAAACUGCUCAAAGACUAUCAACAGAAAGAAGCAGAGUUCGAGCAGAGGGAGGAUGAGCUCAGAAGAACACUGGAUGAGAAAGAGGCUGCAUUUAAAUCUCAGAUAGAAGAUCUGCAGCAAAGGUUGGCAACGCUUGAAUCUGGCAGCGGUCGUAAUGAGUCUUCACUGUCAGGCAGUAAGUCUGCAGAUUCACUUGUGCUGGGUGCGGAUUGGAGUGAGGUCAUCCCUGAGACGGAGCGUUUGGACACCAGUGCUCUUCGUGCCCGAGCCCAUCUGGCCCAGAGGUCCAAACGACAGCCACCAUCCCGCAGUAAACUCAAAGAGACGCUCAGCUCGCCAGUGGGACCUGCACAGGAUGAUGAUGAUGAUGAUGAUGAUGAUGAUGAUGGCAGUGAAUCGAGGAGUCCUGACUCUCCUCCUCGCUGUAGAUCAAUCCAGGAGAGUUUGUCCCUGCCGCUGGUCAUAUCCUCCUCAAAAGAAGAGGUCCAUUCUGGGGUGAGCAGUGGCCAAUCAGUGCAGAGGGAUUCACAAAGCCCCACCCUCUCAUCACCCAAAGACUCCUCCCCCUCCAACUUGAAGAAGAGAGAGUCCAAAGGCAAGGGCAAGGAAGUCAAAGAUGAAUCUAAUGAUGCUGCUGGAAAAACCAAAAGGAGAUUCCCAGAUUUUGGUGGCUUGCGUAAAUCUGGAGGAAAAGGGAGAAAACAAAAAGAAGCUAUGAGAGCGUCACUGGACAGCAGAGGUUCAGCAGAGCUUCUCGAGGAGUCUGGUGGAGGGAUUCGAGUCUCACCUUCAGAGUCCAUGACCUCCAUCCCCACCUGCAUUCCCUUCUCCUGGUUUGGAGAAAAGGACAAAGAGAGAGACAGAGAGCCGUCUUCAUCGUCCAGCAGUCUCCCGUACACCACUGCAGACACCAGCGAACACACAAACAACUCCAAACACAAGAGUUUAUCAGUGCUUGAUGAUUCAAACCCCAGCAGUCCUGGUUCCGAUUUUUCGGGGCUGGUGGUCGAGCCCAACCUGUCAGGCCGUACUCGUACGUUAACCUUCUCCUCCUGCGAGAUGCUGGAUGAAGAGUCAUCCUCUGGAGGGAAGGAGUAUCAGUGGCAGAAUCGUCCGGUCCCUGAUUGGACAUCACAACAGGUCUGUCAUUGGUUGAUGGGUAUGAACAUGGAACAGUACACACCUGAGUUCAGCACACAGGCCGUCGAUGGACAACAACUCCUCAACAUGGACAGUGACCGACUCAAGGCUCUUGGUGUGUCCAGUCAGAACGACCGUGCCACCAUCAAGAAGAAGCUGAAGGACAUGAAGAAAGCGCAGGAGAAGAUGGAGAAACAGCGGGAAAAGCGAGAGAGAGAGGCCAGACGCAGCGGAAGACUGCCUGCCAACACUGACUCGUUGUGCUGAUGAUAUUCAGUGCAUGCCACAUUUUCUUAUUUCAUCUUUUCACUUAAAUGGAUAGUUUGGCGCUUUAGUUUUAAAGUCUCUCAGGCUGAUACCACUUCCUCUAACAUGUAAAUGAUCAUUUCUAGACAGUUUACUACUCUGUAGUGACAACUGAAUGAAUAUUAUACUCGCUUAUAGAGUAUAGUCAGCAAUCAGACACUAAUUAAUCUUGUUAUGAGUUAAAAACAGGUAAUGGUUUCUUACUCUGACUUAUAUGCACAAAUAUGAGAAGUCGUCUAUAUGCAAGCUGUCAGUUUGCUUAGAGUCUACAGACUGUACUCAUCUGUGGUACAAACAAUCAAAAAGUUUAUCAGAAUAAUUUGUGAAAAGAUGGUUUGGAAGACCGUAACAGACCAAACCUCUUAUUAGUUUGAAUCGUAUUUUAUGAUACCACUGUAGGGGCUAUAAAACAAGCUUGCUAUUUUUAAGGGAAUAUAUAUUUAGAUGCCUAUUUUCACAACUUUGCCACUACUAUUGUGGCAUGAAUAGUGCUUUUUAAAUAUUUGUAAUUGUGUUUUUAGGAGUACUUUUGGCCUGUGGAGCUGCAUGGGUAGGUUUGCUGGAACUUUGUACAGUGAUUUGAGCACUAUAUUUUUACGGAAUCAAAGGGGGACGCAGAUUAUAAAUGUACAAAUGAAAUAUUUUAUACACAAUUAUUAGCAUAGCUUUAAGGAAAACACAUCUAACUUUUACACACAUUUUCUACUAAGUAGAAUAGCUCGUUGGUUAAAACCAUUUUUGCUAAUUCUGAAGUACAUAGAGUGAAACUCAAAGGUGUUUUUUCUGUACAUCUCAGCUUGACUAAUACAUUUGGAGGAUUUGUAUCGUACAUCACAAAUACUGCGAUAAAAUACAUCAUUGUUACAAAAUAUAGCAGUGACCAUGGCCAAAGUUUAUUUUGUUAACUGAAGGUGCAUUGAAUUAAAGUAAUGGAUUACUGUCUGCUUUUAAAAUUUGUUUUAAAAAGAGAUGCAUGUCAUCAUGAUUCUAUGUCCUGUGGUUAUGAUAUAUUUUUCUACUACGUAAAACUUGAUUUUGGACAAAGACACUUGAAUAAUCGAAUCAGGCCUUCUAUCUGGUACAUAGUGUAUAAGCUGCAAAAUAAAUGCUUUCACCUCUUGUAACAAA